AUUACCUCUUCUUUUCAUUCGUUUCGAUUUCCACUUCAGCAACCGCAUGUGUUGCAACUUCUAUACAGUCCUUUAAACCAUUCACAUCAAUCUGAGAACAUCACACUAUGCUCCGCCAUCUUUACUCCAUCUCCCUCGUCACUCUUCUUCUCUCAGCGCUCUCAAAUGCUCAAGAUACAACUUCCAGCACUACGACAACAUCAGGAAAUUACAUCAUCGUGUUGAAACAUGAUGCAGCUGAAGAUAUUGUUCAAAACCAUCUGAGCUGGAUGUCCAAACAUCUUGCCGUUAAUAGCACCCAUCAUGCAGCAUAUACUACAUCUCAACAAAAUACCACCUCGCGCGCCAGUUUGAAUUACGCCUCCAUUGGCAAUUUCAAGUGGUACUCUGGCAAUUUUCAUCCAACGGCUAUUGAAAGCCUUAAAAAUGGAACAGCGCAGGACGCUGUACACUAUGUUGUAGAAGAUAUUACUCUCAAUACGCAAGAACUUGUACAAGCAAACGUACCAAGUUGGGGUCUCGAUCGUAUUGAUCAGCGCCGCGGUACAGAUGGAAAUUACCGGUUUCCAUCAAGUCAAGGAAGCGGUGUAACAAUAUAUGUUGUUGACACCGGCAUGGAUAUUAGCCACAGCGACAUUGUAGGAAGAGCAUCACACGGCCCAACUUUUAUUGGAAAUACCAGCGACCCUACCGACUCCAAUGGCCAUGGUACAUUCGUUGCUGGCGUAUGUAUAGGCACCCGAUACGGUGUCGCAAAGCAAGCAAACGUUGUUUCUGUCAAAGCAUUGAAUGCUGAUGGUGAUGGUCAACUAAGCAACGUUUUGAAAGCACUCAGCUGGAUCGUCGAACAGCACCAGAACGAUACAAGCGCAAAAACUAUUGUAAAUCUAUCCCUCGGUGCAAAAUACAAUCAGGCCACUAAUGAAGCUGUUGAAGAAGCCAUUUCACUUGGUAUCCAUUUCGCGAUAGCUGCUGGCAAUUACGGUAUGGACGCAUGUCAAUUUUCACCUGCAUCUGCAAAAGGCGCCCUUGUUGUAGGUGCCAUAGACGAAGAUGAUUCUGUUUCUUACUAUUCCAACUUUGGUGCCUGUGUUGACUUAUUUGCUCCCGGUACAAAUAUCAAAUCCAUUUGGAACACUGGUUCUGACUCAACAAAAACUUUGACCGGUACUUCCAUGGCAUCACCUCACGCUGCUGGAGUUAUGGCACUGUAUCUGUCACAGAAAAACUAUAAUACCUCUGACUUGAUCAAUUACAUGAAACAUGUUUCGACCUUGAUUCGGGAAGACUUCUUGAUCAACAACGGAAGCACCAUUGCCAAUAUCAAUGAAACCGUUCUUGAUAAUGGCGUCUCCGACGGUUAUAAGUCGUCCAACCCUAACAUUCUUGUAAAUGAAUCUACUCCCGCCAACAUCCUAUAUAACCAUCCAAUGGAUGACCAGCAACUUAUGAUUUACGAUCAACCUAUACCAGGCGCUGCAUCUUCUUUGCGUUCAACGUCUCUCGUUCUGAUCUCAAGCUCUGUCUUCGCUCUUGUAUGUGCUUUAUUCCUAUAGACUUAGUACACUCCUUCUUCGAGACCAUCUUCCUUGAUACCUCCUCGUUUGCUGUGUAUUUACUAAUAAACAUCAUGAUCAUGACGCGCAUGCCACUUUGAUUAUUAAAUCUGACA